AGCCAACAAUCCCAUUUGUUAUGUGAAAGUCUGCCCAGUGUCUGCCCACUUCCCACAAGGAGAGUGUGACAAACCAUGGCUGCCUGCGGUGGCUCCAGUGCAGACAACCCAGGACAGACUCCACAGUCCUCCCUUCUCGGGGUCCCAGUGCCGCAGUCAGCUGGACUUCUACUCAAUCAUGUAGCAAAGAACAUCUCCAAUAAAACACUUGAAGCACAGACUGUACCUUACGCACGGAAAAUGCCGGAGGUUACGAGACCAAGCGUAAUGGCCGUACCGGUUUUGGGUAUGGCUGCAAACUCUGCCAACAAUCAGCAAGCUGAUUUGUCCAAAGUUCGAAAGAUCAUCAUCAUCCGUCCUGCGCCUGCGACAAAACCUGGCAUGGUGCCGCAAAAUAUCCAGAUUCUGAGCAACCCGCAGAGUGGAACAAGUGCAGGCACAAAGGCAGCAAAAGUUGUCAACCCUAAAUGGAUAUCGAAUUUGCAAGCUCCCAUGACCGUCCAACCCAACCCAGGGAUAAGUCUGAAUACUGCUGCAGCUGGAAAGUCUAGUGUCAUGUAUGUCGGAAAUUCAGCCAAUGCAGCGGCAUCUGUACCUACUAAGCUACAGCCUGUGGUCAAGACGGAGAGUUACCCACCACAGAACUGGUCUGAGCCGGUUCCUCAGGACGAGACCAGUCGAGCAGUCCAAAGCCUGGUGCAGACAACGCUGCAGGGUGAUGUCGGCACCACAUGUACAGGCAGACAAGUGACAGAGCAGGUCAGACAGGGGAAGAAACAGGACUGGAACUUUGCUGUGCCACUGGUGCCAGGAAGGAGCUCAUCAGUAGGUCUACAACAGAUGAGAGGACAGCAGCAGGCAGCUAUUUCUGGUGGGCAUUCCCAGGAUCCUUUGCUGCAGAUGGACGACAGCCUGACCAAUAUCCACUGGCUGGGGAAGAUGGGAGCCAACACUCUGUUGGACAGGCAGGAGAGGAGCUAUAACAGGAUAGGCAGGCCCCAGAGGAAGACCCACGACAGUAACCGCCCGCCCUACUCCUACAUGGCGCUCAUACAGUUUGCCAUCAACAGCAGUCCUGCGCGCCGCAUGACGCUGAAGGAAAUCUACGCCUGGAUCGAAGAUCGCUUCCCGUACUUCAAGACCGCAAAGCAAGGAUGGAAGAACUCCAUCCGACACAACCUUUCCCUUCACGACAUCUUCAUACGCGAGACGACGAAAUGCGAGAGCGGCAGGGCCCAGUCAUACUGGACUCUGUGUCACGAAGCUCUGGAGCGCUGUUUGACAAUAGACCAGAUGGAACGAAGAGAAGCACAGAUGAGGUGCCGGCCAGUUCCUCAAAUUACAAGAUCUGGCACACCCCCUAUCCUGCCCCGGCCUCUUGGUGGUUAUGCAGUGGUCCCUGUGGUGUUACCUGCCCCAGGGUCACGGGACAACAACCCCACCCUGGGGCACAGGCCUGCUGGGGUGGUCAGAAUUCAGCCCAAGGGCCAGCUGCCUGUUAGUGUUACACCAAGCCACUUACUGAGGUCUGGUAGUGUAACAACCCCCAGGACAAUCUUCCCCAAGCCUGCCACACAACACGGCAUCAAGAGACCGUCCGAUUCCGACCUUCCACCGCGCAAACGGAAGUCCAUGAUUUCUCCCACCUCCUCACAGCACAGGCCUGUCCCGACGUUUUACCGACCGUCAGGUGCGUCUCCGCUGAAGGAGACCACUAACCUCACACCAACAAAGGAACGUGUUAAGGAGGAGGAUGUGGGGAUGAGAAGCCAGCUGCUGUGGUCGCCGGACAGCCAUCUGCUGUUCUCCCCCGACAAGGGGUUCAGCGAGCUGUUGAACAGUCUGGACCUGGAGAUCUCUCCGCUCAGAUCCGUCCUCAGGACUCCUGUGAUUGGGCGGAAUGUCGCUACCUCCACGCCGAGGAAAGUCACGCCUCCCAAGACGUCGUCUCGCAGCCCAGGACUUCUGUCUCCCAUCCAAGACUUCUCCAUCCCCAAGACCCCGGACAGCGGCCUGCACAGCAGUAACAGCCUGACACAGCACGUCAGUCCCAUCAAGGACAGCUUCCCACCUUUACUGGGGAGGGUUCAGAAGUCGAAGACCUCUCCCGGGCAGCUGGGGCUGGGGUCACUGCGGGAGUUUGGCCUGCCGGGCCUAACUCCCCUGAAGGAGGAGUACCAGGGAAAGGAAGGCGACCACGAACCUGUCACGCAGAAUCUCAGCUUCGGGAAGCUGCUGGAGGAACUUGGCCUGGACACUAUUGCAGAGUUAGAUGUCGGAAACAUAAGCUUCUCAGCUAUUCAGUAAUGCUAACUAAUAGCACAAAUUGUCCUGUGAUAGACGCAAAUGGGACAUCAAGCAGAACCCAUGAUGAAGUCUUUAU